AUGUCCAGGCCCCAGGCCCCAGAGCCAGCCCUGGACGUGCAGGGUGACCCCCCCUCGGGGGAGGGGGACGAGGACACUGCCGACGGGACCCAGCACUCCCACCGCAUGCUCAGCUUCAGCGACGCACUGCUGUCCAUCAUCGCCACCGUCAUGAUCCUGCCGGUGACGCACACGGAGCUGUCCCCGCAGCAGCAGUUUGACAAGAGCGUGCAGAAGCUUCUAGCAACCAGGAUCGCCGUCUACCUGAUGACGUUUCUCAUCGUGACCGUGGCCUGGGCAGCACACACGAGGUUGUUCCAGGUUGUGGGGAAGAUAGACGACACCCUUGCCCUGCUCAACCUGGCCUGCAUGAUGACCAUUACCUUCCUGCCCUUCACGUUUUCCCUAAUGGUGGCCUUCCCCGCGGCGCCUCUGGGCAUCUUCCUGUUCUGCACGUGUGUGAUCGCCAUCGGGGUGGUGCAGGCGCUGAUCGUGGUGUACGCCUUCCGCUUCCCCCACCUGCUGAACCCCCAGAUAGGGCGCUCCGCCCACCGGCGCCUGCACCGGAAGCACAUCCUGCACAUCGUGCUCCGGGGCCCGGCGCUGUGCUUCCUGGCCGCCGUCUUCUCCCUGUUCUUCUACCCGGUGUCCUACCUGCUGCUGGCGACGGUCAUCGUCCUCCCCUACGUCAGCAAGGCCGCCGGCUGGUGCAGAGACAGGCUCAGGGGCCCCCCGGAGCCCCCAGCCCACAGCGUGGAGUUCUUCACCUUCGACCUGCAGGAGCCGCUCAGCAAGGAGCGGGUGGAGGCCUUCAGCGAUGGGGUCUAUGCCAUAGUGGCCACGCUCCUCAUCCUGGACAUCUGCUCGGACAACGUCCCGGACGCCAAGGACGUGGCGGAGCGGUUCCACGGCAGCCUGGUGGCGGCGCUGAGUGAGUUCGGGCCGCAGUUCCUGGCCUACUUUGGCUCCUUCGCUACAGUGGGCCUGCUCUGGUUUGCCCACCACUCGCUGUUCCUGCACGUGCGCAAGGCCACGCAGUGCAUGGGGCUGCUCAACACGCUCUCGCUGGCCUUCGUGGGCGGCCUCCCGCUGGCCUACCAGCAGACCUCAGCCUUCGCCCGCCGGCCGCACGACGAGCUGGAGCGCGUGCGCGUCAGCUGCGCCAUCGUCUUCUUCGCCAGCGUCUUCCAGUUCGCCAUGUGGACCACGGCCCUGCUGCGCGAGGCGGAGACGCUGCGGCCCUCGGCGCGGUUCGGGGGCCGGGAGCACGCCUUCAUGUUCGCCAAGCUCGCGCUCUACCCCUGCGCCAGCCUGCUGGCCUUCGCCGCCACCUGCUUCCUGAGCCGCUUCAGCACGGCCAUCUUCCACCUCAUGCAGAUCGCCGUGCCCUUCGCCUUCCUGCUGCUGCGGCUGCUGGUGCGCCUGGGCCUGGCCCUCCUGCGGGCCCUGCGGGGCCUGGCCCCGCCAGCGCGGCCCACGGAGGGAGAUCCGCAGGCCCCGCUGCUGCCUGCCCCCUGCUAGCCCCGCCCCCCCGGACCCGCUCUGUGGCGUCACGCAGCCCCCCUCUGUCGCAGGCGCACACGGGCUCACACGGCCAUGGGGCGCUGGCAGUCCAGUGGCUCUGGUCCUGGGCCCCAGCCUGCCCCCACCCCAUGCACAGAGCUCCCCAGUGGCCGCUGGGCCGCAACCCCCCCCCCCCACGCCGCUCCUACACACCAGUGGGAGACAAGAUGGCAGCGCCCAGACUGUAUUGUGGCGGACGCGAGUCACAGUGCACGUAGUGUGGGCUACACGGGAGGCCCCUCUGGGCACAGACACGAGACUGCAGGGCAGGCCCCCAGCCACACCCCACAGGUGGUCCCCAGACAGCAGCAGCAGGGCCCACAGGGCACAGACAGACUGGGGACACCACAGGGGUGAGGCAGCGGGCCACACACCCUGGAGGCACACGAGACACCACAAGCUGUUUGGUGCAUUGUGGGUGCAGCUUUGGCAGAAGCUGGGGGGGAGGGGGGCACAAAAUGGGCAGGGCCACAUCUGAGGUUGAGGCAAAGCCACCAGCCCUGCCAGAGGUGCCAGCAGCAAAGGGACCCUGCCCAGGGUCAAUAGUGGGGCCUCUGGGGCUGCCGGAGGUUCCCCAGGCAGGCCGAAGGUUUGGUCGGGUGCCUCCUGGGGUCUGAGGCGUGGGUGGUCCAGGCUCGGCCCAGGGGAGCUGGCAGCUGCAAGCAGCCUGAGGCCACGGAAGUCCUGUCUGCUCAGCAGACACUGGGAGCAGCCAUGCUGUUUGCAAACGAGACGCAAAGUGCCGAGUGUCCUUGGUGAUUAAAGCUGGUUCCCACA